GGACAAAAAUAGGGGUAUAACUAGGAUACCGAAGUGAAGUGACCUUCGGUUUUAAUCAUGGUACAGUUGGAUAACUUGUCAUACAAUGAUUCGUCAUCCGUUGCGUGCUUUAUAAGGAAACUAUACGUCGUCUUCGUAACACAUCAAAGAUAAUGCGAAGAACUGUCAAAAUCUCUGGGUGCUCAUUCUGAAGUAUUUCAUGGAACGUUCAUCACAUAUUUUUUUCUGUCAUGAAAUGAGUGUGUUGGUAACGAGUUAAAGGGAUGUCCUGCAACACGUGCCAAGUGAAAUUUUCAUUCUUCACAAAAGACAUUGGUUGCCCAAGCUGUGGCUUUUCCUACUGUAGUAAAUGUCUCAAGUACAAAUGCGACAUUCCUGAUGUAGGAAGAAGAAAGGUGUGCGGUCGCUGUUACAACAAGUUGAACAGAGUCGAGAACUCAAACAUGGAUGAUCAGGCUAUAAUGGAUGAUGCUCCAAUGUCUAAUACAAACAAGGAACCACUUGCACCAAUUGACAUUGCUAUGAAGCUGGCUUCAUUGGAAAAUCCAGUGAAGCCUCCAAUAGUGAUAUAUAAACGUAUGAAUCACUGGGACAAACUUAAGAUGGGAUUGGAACCAGCUGAUCAACAGAUUGUAGACAGGCUACGGAAAUUAAAAGAUGAAGAACGGAACGUUCCAUUGCUUACCGUUGACGAGAUAAGACAAAGAUUGGCAUUACUAAAGGAUCAAGAUCCAGAAGCCAAUGCAAGCAACGCAAUUAAUAUACAUCAAGUGGAUACUAGAACAGAUCAAGAAAAGGCAGAUGAUUUAAUUCAAGAAUAUCUUGCGCAAAUAGAUCUACCUUCUAUUAGUGAUCUUUAUGAUAGUAAAACUAAUUUUGAUCAAAGCAUGAAAGAAAGAAUCAAUAUUUAUAAGGAGACAUAUGACACGACAGAUGAUGAUAACACAGAAUUAAUUAGCAAGGUUUCGGCGAUGAAAAUAGAAACUCCUCCGAACAUAGAAGUUGAGGAUGAAGAUGAGGACGAAGAUGAUGAUAAUGAAUGCGUCAUGUGCUCGCAAACUGCAAGUAAAUCAGACCUGUAUAGAUGUGCAGGAUGCACGGGCGAUCUCUACUGUUCCUCAUGCUUCAUGAGUUCUCAUGAUGAAAGUGAAAUGACGGAUAAACAUAAAGCGGUUCGUUUUAUCAAGGAAGAUAAGAAAGAUAAAUUGUCUUCUGCAAAGAUGAGUCUUAUACAAAAACUGUUAACAUCAGAUGGCCAGAAGAAUAAUCACUGAUGAUUUAUUAUACCACAUCAUACGACACCCUUUAAAAGCAGUCUUUACGCUGAUUUACAUCAUUGAUUCAGCGAUGCCACGCACACGAAAUAAUUGGAAAUACUUCUAACAAAUGUAUAAAAUAUUUCCAAGAUUUUUCUUCAUUUGCUUAAUGCAUUUGAUGAUUCUUUCUCUGGAAAUUGAAAGUGCGCUUUACCGUUCGCUUUUGGCUGUGUCAUUCCAUAAUGAUAAUUCUUAUUAUUGAUUCAUUAUAGUUUUACUUAUAAUUUCCUGUCUUUAAUAUAGUAGAUAUAAAGAUGCACGCUCAUGUACGAGUGUAGUCAGACAUAGAUAAUAUCGCGUUUACGCUUAUAGGAACACCAUUCUUCAGAAUUUUUCAGAAUAAAGUUAUUUUGGAUAGUUA